GUAUCAAUUGCGUGUUUGCUGUGAAUAUUAUCAUUCUCGCCUGUCUUGUUUGCAGUUAAUCUCUGAAAAUGGUCCGCUACUCACUGGAUCCCGAGAAUCCUACAAAAUCAUGCAAGGCCAGGGGUUCCAAUCUCCGCGUGCAUUUCAAGAACACCCGUGAGACUGCCCAGGCCAUCAAGGGAAUGCACAUCCGCAAGGCAUCCAAGUACCUGAAGGAUGUGGUGGUCAAGCGCCAGUGCGUCCCCUUCCGUCGCUACAAUGGAGGAGUUGGACGGUGUGCUCAGGCGAAGCAGUGGGAUUGGACACAGGGACGUUGGCCAAAGAAGAGCGCAGAGUUCCUGCUCCACAUGCUGAAGAAUGCGGAGAGUAAUGCUGAGCUCAAGGGUCUUGAUGUGGAUUCUCUGGUGAUCGAGCACAUCCAGGUCAACAAAGCCCCCAAGAUGCGCAGGCGUACUUACCGUGCUCACGGCCGCAUCAACCCCUACAUGAGCUCUCCCUGCCAUAUUGAGAUGAUCCUCACUGAGAAAGAACAGAUUGUUCCCAAGCCAGAAGAGGAGGUUGCUCAGAAGAAAAAGGUUUCCCAAAAGAAAUUGAAGAAGCAGAAGCUCAUGGCUCGGGAGUAAGAUGUAUAUAAAUAAACAAAAUCCAGGACAAAA